UAUGUUUAAUAAACAUUAAGUAUAUUUAGGAAAUAAAGACGAAGUAAAUAAGGAAAUACAAAAACUAUAACAAUCAUCAAAAGCAUAAUAAUUAGUUUCAUCUAAUUUAUUAGAGGAUCCAUCAUUAUAUGAUUAUGAUGGAUUUGUAUCAAAAAAGAAUAAAAGUGAAAAAGCUAUAGUUAUACAAAAACAAUCUGAAGAUAAAAAACAAAAACAACCGCAAUUCUUAAAUUCUAUUCUUGAACAAUCAAAAAGGAGAGAAUUUGAAAGAGAAGCAACAAAAUCAAGAAUGAAUGCAAAGGAGGUCGUUAAAUCAGGAAAAGAAGUCUACAUUUCUGAAUCGUAAUUAAUAAUGUUAUAUUUAGAUUUAAAAAGUAACAUGAACAAAUUAAGAGAUUUGAGUAAAUUGAAUAAAUUUAAGAAAAAAUAAAUGAUGAAAGUAGGAAAAGAAAUAAUCUCGGAAUAUACAAGUCUCUAUAUGAUAAUGAAACUAAGAAGGCAGAAAAUUCAAAUAAUUAAGAGGCUCAAGUUGAUUCUUAUAAGAUAAUAGAGAAAAUAAUAAUAGAGAAAGAAAAAUUGGAAAACAAUUCAUAAAUUACUACAAAUAAUUAAAAGAAUUAAAAAUAAGAAUUAGAAGAGUUAUAGGAAAAUAAGGAAGCCAUAAAUAAUUAAUUGAAAAAAACUGAAAAUUCUAAAUCCAGAUCAAGAUCAAGAUCCAGAUCUAGAUCAAAAUCAAUUAAAGAAUAAAAGCAAUAAGAAAAUUAAGCUUUGACAAAAGAAGAUAAACUAAAAUAAUAUAAGGAACGUUACUUAUAAAGAAAAUAAUUAUGA